UUCGAAAUGAAGGUGUUCAUAUUGACCGUACUCCUAGGUGCUCUUGUGGCACCGACAAUUGUUAGCGCCGCAUGUGGCACGUGUGAGGAUGCGCACAGCUGCAUCGGUGAAUCGGAAUUCCAGUUGUGCUACGAUGGUGUCCGGGACCAGACUAUCAACUUCACCUGCCCCGAAUCGAAGCCCAUCUGCACGACCUACGGGAUUAUUUGCAUGCCAAAUGACACAAGUAUAGCACGCGGCUGUGGCGAUGUCUCCAAUUGCGGAGUUUGCUCGGGAGAUUCAACUUUCGCCUGUACUUCGAGGACCACCUUUGCUGUUUGCAACAGUGAAGGAGUUUCCGCCAAUAAUUUCGACUGUGCAGAUGACUAUGUCUGCAGUGUUAGCAGUGCAGCAGGCGGAAAUCCUUGUGUUUCCCGUUGCGAUUCUACCGACUCAGAUAUAUGUGAUCGAAUCUUGGACACCGAAGUGGAAAGCACCUCGACAUCAGUGACUCCCACUGUGACUGCUACGGAACCAUCUACAGCCACAACUGACUCCUCGACAGGAUCGACAGGGGAUACCUCCACUGGAUCCACUUCCGUAACUUCUUCCGUUACUUCGGACAGCUCAACGGAUAGCACAGUGACUGGUAGUGAUCCAGGAAGCACCACCGCAAGUACUGCAACCACGCCAGCCUUCAAUGAAGUCACCUAUUGCCAGGGAAUCAACUCCACGGGUCGCUAUCCCAUACCCAGUGACACAGUGUGCACUAGCUACAUCUACUGUGUUCCAAGGAGUGGAAGCUGGGCAGGAUUAGUCUAUAAUUGCAACGCGCAGAGACCUUACUUCGAUGCUGAUUCUUUCACUUGUGGUACUGUAAGACCAUCUUAUGCCGGGUGCACUAAUUUAGCCUAAAUCAACAUAAUAUGUUACUUUAAUAAAUAGAACGCAAUUUUAUUUAAUAAAAACAAAACUUCUUUGAA